AUGGAGAUCCAAGCCUCGGCUGUCACCGCGGCAGCCGCGAACCUCCACGCGCUACGCCAACACGUAUUUAAGAUGUCGGAUUACUGGCAGCAGCCGCAACGUGGUCCGCCUCAACAUUCACCCGGGAUACAGCAUAGUCCCAUCUCGAAUUCGACACAGCAUCAGCAGCAGGUCCAGCAGAUGCACAGUCCGCUCGGACAGCAGCAGCAGCAGCAGCAACAGCAGCAGCAACAACAGCAGCAGACUGCGGUUUCGCAAGUACAGCAGAACACGAACGCGACACUCGGCCAAACAGCUAGUCCUCAACAACAAAUGCAGCAACAACAACAGCAACAUGCAUUGUCGAUGAACCAGGCUAAUCAGGGCCCACAGCAUCAGUCUUCCCCGGCACCGACGACGCCGUCACCACAGGCGGAUCAUCAAGGCGCCAUUGCCUCCAGUAUGGCCCAGAGUCUGCACAGCCUCGCCCAGGCGCAACAAACAAUGUCGCAGGCGUCAAGUCCAUCGUUGGCGGUCCAGGCUGUUCAGGCGGCUCAGGCGCUCAAUCAGAACCUGGGUCAAGCGCUAACACAAGCGCUCACGCAAAACAUGCAGCAAAAUCUCGGACAAACCCUACAGCAUAAUUUGGCACAGAGUUUAACGCCGAGUUUGUCGCCGCAACAACAACAGCAAUUGCUUAACCAGCCGCAAAAUUUAAGUCAAGCGAGUCAGAGUCUGCAACAGAACAUCCAAAGUCAAGCGCAGAAUUUGUCACAGACGCUACAGCAGCAGGCGCAGAACCUCACGCAAAAUCUUGGCCAGGCGCUUAAUCAGCAAGCGUUACAACAACAAGCGCAAAAUCUUACGCAGAAUCUACAGCAAGCGCAAAAUCUCACCCAGAAUCUGCAACAGCAAGCGCUCAACAUGGCUGGCACCAUCGCGCAGAACGGUGGUCUCGCCGGUAUGAACAUGUCGGGCACUCAACAGCAGAAUUCACAGAACUCUAUGCUGAGUCCAGGCGCGACCAGUCAGGAUUCCCACGACGCUACUCUCACGGAGAAGCUCGUCAACGAGUUACAGUCUCGUGCCUCUGCGGCGGGGCUUGGAGGUGCAGUAGGUGCCGGCGGUGGUGGAGGAAUGGGCAACAUCAGCGAACGCACCCUCGAGGAAUGCUGGUCUACCCUGCAGCGAAUCUUCAUGCACAAGAGCGCGAUGCAGAUGCACGCGAGGGAGCUGGGCGCGGGUGCACUGACGGCGAGGCCCGGCGGCGGCGUCGCCGGUGGUUUGGCCGGUCUGGGUGUCGGUGUCGGCGUCGGCGUCGGACCAGGCGGCAUGAUCACCAGCAACGAAGUUAAGCCGCACCAGUGCCAGCAGUGCCUCAAGUCGUUCUCCAGCAAUCACCAACUCGUGCAACACAUCAGGGUCCAUACCGGCGAGAAGCCGUACAAAUGCAGCUACUGCGACCGCAGGUUCAAGCAGCUCAGCCACGUGCAACAGCAUACACGACUGCAUACGGGUGAACGACCGUACAAGUGCCAUUUACCGGACUGCGGGCGGGCCUUCAUCCAACUGUCGAAUUUGCAGCAACACCUGAGGAAUCACGACGCUCAGGUGGAGCGGGCGAAGAACCGACCGUUCCACUGCAACAUCUGCGGCAAGGGUUUCGCCACGGAGUCCAGCCUCCGUACCCACACGUCGAAGGUCAGUCAUUGUUCGAAGUACCCAUGGCAACGAUUAAAGGAGUUGCAACAGCGUGUUGUGUUCCAGCAACACGCCGCCCUGAUCGGCGGUCCGAACGCAACCAGCUGUCCAGUAUGCCACAAACUCUUCCUCGGCGGUGAGGCGUUGAUGGAGCAUAUGAAGCACACCCACAAGGACCCAAACGCUUCCGGAGUUGCCACGAAGCGACGGACCGCCAACCAUCCGUGCCCAGUGUGCGGGAAGCACUACGUCAACGAGGGUAGCCUUAGGAAGCAUCUAGCCUGCCAUCCUGAGACCAGUCAACUUAGCACAAGCCUCAGGAUGUGGCCGUGCUCGGUGUGCCAAGCCGUCUUCACUCAUGAGAGCGGUCUCCUGAGCCACAUGGAGCACAUGAGGAUGGACCCGAAACAUCAAUUCGCGGCGCAGUACGUGUUAAGCCGCGCGGCCGCUGAGAGGCGGGAAAGGGAGAUUCUCGCGAGUUCAAGUUUAGGAGCAGGUUUAGGCGUGUUGGGAGGAAGUCAAUCUGGAGGACCGCAAAAUUUGCAACAACCACCAAUGUGCCCGUCACCGUCGGCCCAUUCGGAUAGCAGUAGCGGCAACGGAAGACUGUCGUCGGCCGGUAGUGAACCUGAUUUUUGCGCAGGCACCGGUCUUCUGAAUAACAACAACAAUAAUAACAACAAUAAUAUGGCAUCGCCGGGACCGAGUGGCAACAAGCUCAGCGAGAUACUCCGAACGGGAAGUCAACCGGGUUCGGCACAGCAAUAUCACGAUGAGAUGCAGUCGCAGCAACAACGCAUGGCUGUCAUGAAAGCGAUAUUUCUGUUAGGAUUGCAAAAUUCCGUAUCGCCUAAUCUCUCGCCGGUCGACAUGGCAUCGCUGGCGGCGGCUAUGAGAAUGGGCAAUAACGGUGAUAUGAGCGGAGGUACUCAAGGAUCGACGGGACCCCAACAACAGGGAGUGCAAACGAGUGGACCGGAGCAAGCUCUGAGAAUGCAUCAGGCGGAAGCAUUGCUCCGUUCCCAAGCCGAAGCUGCCCUACGACUUGCGGUAUCUCAAGCGGCGGCAGCCGCGGCGAGUUCCGCGGUGGGCGGUGACGUAAGGCAUCAUUUGGGACAGCAUAACGGAGGUAGCACCUCCGGUAUGCCGGGACACCAUACGAAUCAACAAAUGUCCCAACAAGAUACUCUAACGCCGGAUCUCGGAGAAGCGCUACGGUUACAAGAGCAGCGAUUAGAGCAGGCCCUCAGGCUUCAUGGCGGCGAUCCGCGCGCCCUGAGUUUCACUCUAGCUCAACACGUCGUCAACCAGCAAAGCAAUCAGCAACCAUGAAAAUUCAG